AUGCUGAGUCAGUGGUGGCGCCCCCGCGCCGCCGCCCUGCGCCGCGACCGCGUUCGCCUCUCGCUCCUCGCCGCCUCUGCCCCGGCCGACCCGGGCGUCCUUCAGAGCGCCGAUAGCCGCCUGGCCUGGAGCCUGCGGGAGGAGCAGCGGCGCCUGCUGCCGGUGCUGGUGCUGCUCUCCACCGAGCCGCUGCUCCUGCAGCCAGACCAGCUGGUGCGGCUGCUGGUGUCGUCCUGGCCUUACAUGCCGAGCCUGGGGCAGACGCUGGCGGCGCUGGACCGGCGGAGGGCGCAGCUGCAGCAUGGGGGCGACGCGGCGGCGGCGGCGACGGCGGCGGCGGCGGCGGCGGCGCAGGCAGCAGGGCAGACGGCGGCCGCGGCUGCGGCCGCGCAAUAG